AUGAAUAAUGACCUGGCAGCUGAAGCCAAGCAAGCAAGCAGCUGGAUCCAGAUUUGCGAUUUGCCCUCCAAUUCACAGAUGGCCCCCAUGCAAUCCUCUCGGUUACUUGCGUCUGUCUCUUCUAACCUAUCGCCGCUAGGCCCUCGAUUCCUUUGUGUUUUCUUCACCAACCAACAUUCUGGACGCAGAAUGAUUCUCGUCCUGCACGUUUUCAUGAACCCUGCCGAUCCCUUCCUCGAUCCCAAGCCUCCUGCUGGAAUCCCUUUCUUUACCGGGGUCCGGGACAGAAAACGCUCUAAAGAUCGGCCGGGGCUCUCCCGUGGGAUGCCGGGGAGCUCCCCCGCUGACCUAUGUGAGAUGGAUGCAGCAGUUCAGUUCAGGAUGAGUGCACUUCGCUAUUCUACCGCUUGCGAAUCCCUGUCCCUGCUGUGGCACUGUUGGUCUAUCGUGGGUAAUUACAGUACCUGGUGGACCGUGGUUGAUCUCAGCAGCUCUGUGGGCCAUCCAGAUUCUUAUUGGUUCUCUCCAACAGAAUUCUUUUUCAACGCAAAUUUUGAUCUUCUUGAUCCCUCUAUCCUACUUGGCUACAAUAUCCUGCUAAAUGGAUAG